AUGUUCAAGAAAAUUAACGCGGCUUUUCGGCCGAAUCGCGGCCCCGGCGCGCGGGAAGAUUACCACAGCGCAUGCACGGUGAAGCUCGUGCGCAGCGCCUCCAUGCUCGCGGUGGGAGAGCGGUGUCGCGCGCAGAGCGACUCGACGCUGAAGCGAAGCGCGAGCGCGCUGAGUGUGCAGUCCAGCAGCAGCACGCUGUACUACUACCACAGCCGAGAGGAGCGCGUGUGGCUGUACACUCAGAACCACGAGUGUCUGGAGUACCUGCAGCAGCUGGUCGCGCUCAGGCGCCGCUACACCAAGAGCGUCAGCGACCUGAAGCAGGAAAGCGCACGGCGAGAGCAAACCUCCAGCAAGAAGAAGCCUGCACCCCAGCCACCACAGCAUGUAAGUGCACAACCAUCUGCCCCACCAAUUCCCAGCGAAGAGGACACGCUACAGUUCUUUGAUGCCAUUAUUGCCAGUUGUGACUCAGAGCGCACAAGAAAACCACAUGUGGAUGAUGGCCAUGCAGAUGUAGACUUUAUUGUGGCAACCAGUACAAGUCAGCAUGACCUCCAUUCUAACUGGAUGUUGCGAGACCCUCGGCGGAUAUCCACAGAUGUGUCUCGGCUGAAGCGGGAAGAGAUAUGCUUAGAUGAAGGUGCUUGGAGGAAGGCAGCAGCUGGGACCACAAGCAGUAUGAGACGGCUGCAGAGAAACCCCAUUCAUCUACCCAAAGUGGUAGAAAGUGCCUUGCAGACCCUGCGCUUCAGGCCCAAGCUUAAGAAGAAAGAUUAGCACAUGGGAUUGACUGCAAAUGACUGAUAAGCAUCCCAGCUGAUUUACAAUCACAUUCUAUGAUAAUGGAUAAGCCAUUCACAUAUUUCAUUUGUUUCAGACAACAGUCGAAAAAGUUCUGAAGCAGAAUGCACUCACUCUUCAACAGCUUUCCGAGUAAUGCAUCUUUCACCACAAAGAGUUGACGAAUCUGACCUUCACCACAAAGCAGACUUAAAGUACUAUCCAAACACAGGAAAUAAAAAAAGGAAUAUUAUGACUGGGGAGGCUGGAAUAAUUAAGCAUAGACUUCCAGUUUGAGGAACAAGCCUUCGAUGGUGUCCAAAGCUGCUAGGAGUGAGCUGAGUGGUGUGUUGUAAAAAAUGGAUGUGAGCAUGGUGACGUAAUAUUGGGGUAGUAAAGCUCCCUCACUGACCAAAUUCAUUAAUAAUCCACAACAGAUCAGAGUCUCUGUUUCAGGAGUUUUCAACAGCAGUAGGGCAUGACCAAGUGAUUAUAAAUGGAAAAAAAAAGAAAAGAGUCACCCAGCACAGGUAAUAAGACUCUCUCCUACUCAACAAACCUCAAUUAGAGACUUGUCUACAGGAGAGCAUAUUAAAUCACUCAGCUGCUUAGGCACUGUGAAGUGCUGUACAUAACCUGAUCCUUCAGGCUAUUCUAAAAUGCUUCAUGGCCGGAUAUGAAACCUCAAUCUAGUCUACUCCUAACCACAUAAUCAUUUCUCUGAUUUUACAAACCUGUAUAAGCCUAAAUUGUUAACAGGAAAACACGUUUGGAAAACAAAUGGUUUAAAUAAUAAUAAAAAUAAAAAAAAUG